CAUACAUCUGAGCAGGACCCUGCACCUUUUGUCUUGGGCUCCCUCUUUGUUAGCAGCUGGUGGACAGAGCAGCAGCCUGCAGCAGCAGCAGUAGCAUGUACACUUUACAAUAACAGAGUAAUGACAACAUGCUGCAACAUAUCGGCCAUGUUUAUGUGUGAAUGAGGUGCAGGAUUAAUUAUGCAAAAUGUAUUGUUGGGGUUUUAUUUGAAUAAAGAUGAUAAAGGGGAGAGAGUGGUGAUAAUUAGAUGGAGGCUGUGUGUGUUUUUAAACAUAUAUUUCUAUAUUUUAUUAUGAAUGUGUUUAAAUAUUUAUUUUUAAUUCAUUGUGGUGGUUUAAAUUCUGUAUCUAUCUAUCUAUCUAUCUAUCUAUCCAUGCUGUCUGUCUGUCUUGUUUUCUGUCUGGCUGAAGUGUGAAGCAGCAUCAUCAUCAUCACCAAAGUGAACUGCAGAUAACCCCAUGACGUGGCAGACACACUAUGGAAAGCCUAUAUAAAAUUCACAGAGCCCCGCAUGUAUCUGGUGGUGGUCUGAGCCGCUGAUAAGGCUUUGCAGGGCGAUCUGACUUCAGUCUAGAUGAAGGAUGAGCUUCUCAGACAUAGACGUUGUCCAUCCUGCUGAUGCUCCCUCGUCUCAUCGUAAACUCUUGUGCACCCUCUGGUGCUUGCUAGUCUCCCAAACUUCUUUGUGUAGCCUGCUUUGCAGAUUGUCUUCCUUGUCUGUGUGGUUGCUCAUUAUUCAGAGACAGACGGAUCUCAGGUCAUCUGCAGCUGCAGCAAAGGAGAAGCAGGAAAGAUGGCGAUCAUCCAUUAGACCGACCGGGCGCACGCAUGAAAUACGAGGACAACUUUUGGGAGGAUCGCUUGAGGAGAAGAUUGUACCAGUUUCCCUGAUUUUCCAGGGAGUGCUCCCUCUUUUCAGUGAUGGAGGUAUUGCAGUGUGACGGCUGUGACUUCCGUGCCGAGUCAUAUGAUGACUUGAAGACCCACAUUCAGGAAGUGCACACAGCUUUCCUGCAGCCUGCAGAUGCAGAUGAGUCUGACUCUCUGAAGGAGGAGGAUGAGGAUGAGGAGGAGGAGGAGGAAUAUGACGACAAGGAUGACAAGGAUUACACGCCUCCUAAAGCUGGAAUGAGCCCCAACUCUGCUGACAAUUCCAGCCAAACACCACAAAAGCAGACAGAUGAAACCCACCUGCCGUUUUACCAGUGCAAGUUCUGUGUCCGUUACUUCAGAUCGAAGUCAUUCUUGAGAAACCACACCAAAAAAGUGCAUAACGUCAUUGAGGAAGAUUCAGAUGCAAGCAUCUCCUCGCAGACAGCGAAGCAGCCCAGCUACACCGUUAUAAUGCACAAUGACCAUUCAAAAGUCUACUCCUGUCAGUAUUGCACAUACAAGUCUCCACGCAAAGCAAGGAUAAUGAAACACCAACUAAUGUAUCAUAACAAGGGUCCCUCAGACGGCACUGGAGAUCCUUCAGAAUACGCAGAGACCGGAGAGCAAUCGGGCUCAGCCAGUGGACUCAUGAAGGGAACAUUUGCCUGCGAGUGGUGUGACUAUCAGACUGACCAGAAGGACAGCUGGACUAAUCACGUGGUGAAGGAACACAGUGACAAGGUCAAGAUAGUUUCCUGCAUUGCAGAGCUGGAAGGGGAGGCAAGUGCAAGCUCACCCAAUAUAGAUUCUCCCUCCGCCUCCCAAAGCCCAACUAGAUCAAAGACGACUUUCACUGAGGUUCAAGGGAAGGAAGAGCCAGUAGGAAAAACAGCAGAAAACACGUCGGAGAAGUCAAUCCCAGAGCUCUCAUCCUUUCAGUAUGCACAGAUGAGUGCAGUCACACCCAACAGCACAGGUACCUCCAUUUUGUCCAAGAGGUUCACUUCAUCUGACGUCUCCAAGAGCGUCGUAGAUAUGGACGCCAAGCUACUCAAUGAGGAGGACUCUAGGAGCAGCUUAGAGGAUGAUGAUGAAGAAGAGUUGGGCGAUAUAGAUGAUCCCAGCUAUACUGGGACACUGUCAGCAGAUGCAAAGCAGCUUUUAACUGAUGAGGAUAAUAAAUUACUGGAGACUAAAGGAAUACCGUUCAGAAAGUACAUGAACCGUUUUCAGUGCCCGUUCUGCUCCUUUCUCACCAUGCACAGGCGGAGCAUCUCCCGCCACAUUGAAAACAUUCACCUCUCUGGUAAAACCACAGUGUAUAAAUGUGAUGAAUGCCCAUUUAUUUGCACCAGCCCUCUUAAACUAGGCACGCACAAACAGAGCCACAUAUCCUCAGAUUUAGACACCCUGGACCUAACAAGCGAUAGUCCAGAUCCUCACAGUGACAAUGCUGCAGAGCCAGUGAAUGGGGGUAGUGUAAGUUCCAAAGUCAAUGGAAAAAAGACAACCAGCACACCGAACGACCAGCAGAACCCUCAUCGCUGCACGCUCUGCAGCUUCUCUACCACCACUCUGAAAGGUCUGAGGGUUCACCAGCAGCAUAAGCAUUCCUACUGUGAUGACCUAGAUCCCACUGUCUUUGAAAGCCAGCUGACUGACCAGCCGGAUUCUGAAGUGGACACUUCUCCAAUCUUUCUACAAAAAACCCAGACCUCCAUUUUAGGACUUGCCACCAAAAAGCCCUCAGUAACAGGGAAAAGAGCCAGGAAGUCCAUUAACGACUUACCUUUGGAUUUGUCCUCGGUUAAGAAGAGAACUAGAAUUGAUGAAAUUGCCAGUAACCUUCAAAGUAAGAUAAGCCAAAGCCAACAGGAUAUGAUCAUAAACCUAGAUGACAUGGAUGAUGAAGAUGCAGGAGAAAAUCAUGCCAGUGCUGAUACAGAGGGUAGAAACCAUGACAAUAAAAACCCUGUCUUUACUUAUAAUACACAACAGCUUCAUGCGAGAGAAUCAGUGAUCUCUCACGAGGGAGGCAGAAUAGGGAAAAGAAAAAGCAACCCUAAGUCAAAACCUAGAAACAUUCCUAUAUCCCUGACUCUCUCAGAUGACAGUGAAAACAUCUCUGCUGACCCCAGUGAAAAUGCUGUCCAAGAGAACGCAGAUUAUUCAGAGGAGCCAGGAACUACACGUUUUUACUGUAAACACUGUGAUUACCACAACAAGUCAGCUCGUAGCGUCAGCACCCAUUACCAGAGGAUGCACCCUUACAUCAAGUUCAGCUUUAAGUACAUCCUGGACCCAGAGGACCAGAGUGCAGUCUUCCGCUGCUUAGAGUGCUACAUCGAAUACACAAAUUAUAAUGAUCUACACCAACACUACAUGGAUCAUCACCCUGAAGCAAGCAAUGUGCUCAACUUUAACCAACCGAAUCUGGUUUACAUGUGCCGCUUUUGUUCGUACACGAGCCCCAACGUCAGGAGCCUGAUGCCCCAUUACCAGAGAAUGCAUCCUACAGUGAAAAUCAACAAUGCGAUGAUCUUCUCCAGCUAUGUGGUUGAGCAGUCCCACAAAUCGGGGGAGUCGCAGACCCUGAGGGAAAUAUUAAACUCUGGCCCCAAGAAUUUGAACUCAGCCACAUCAACCCCCAGGUCCUCCUCCAGCCCAGUGCUGAAACCGGUCUCCAAGACCCCUGAAGCCAGCUCUGAGACAGACUCUCUCAAAGAAUCCAUGGGUGGCAAUGUUGUCGUCUAUGAUUGUGAUGUGUGUUCUUUUGCUAGUCCCAACAUGCACUCUGUUUUGGUCCACUAUCAGAAGAAACACCCAGAGCAAAAGGCGUCUUAUUUCCGUAUACAGAAAACCAUGAAGGUCAUCUCUAUGGAUCAGUCGCAGCCUGUUGCAAACUCCUCAUUCAACCUUAGCAUGGCAACUCCUCCAAAACAACCAAGCGCGGCACUGUAUGGAUCAGAUGAAGAAAUGUACUACUGUAAACAUUGUGUGUACAGCAACAGAUCUGUUGUUGGUGUGUUGGUCCAUUAUCAAAAGAGACACCCAGAGGUAAAAGUGACAGCAAAAUAUAUCAAACAUGGUGCCCCCACCCCUGGUUUGAUGAAAUUAAUGGAUGAAUUACAAAUUGCAGCUCCGAAACAGUUCUUGAAGCAGUUUCAAAAUAACGGUCACGAUGGAUCUAACAGCACGAGCCCUAAACCAGGCAGUGGUGAGAAAGGUGAGGAUGAGCUGUUCUUCUGUCAGCACUGUGAUUAUGGCAACCGCACUGUAAAAGGAGUGCUCAUUCAUUACCAGAAGAAGCACAGGGAAACCAAGGCCAACGCUGACCUUGUGCGCCGUCACACUGCAGUUGUCCGGAGCCAGCGUGAGCGUGCACAGAUGGUUCAGUUGAGUAGCGUCUCUUCUGCCUUGACCCCGGCCCCUCCAGACCCUGAAAACACUACACCCCUGCGCUCCCUGAAGUGCAAACACUGUUCCUACACAUCCCCCUACGUCUAUGCCCUAAAGAAGCAUUUGAAGAAAGAGCACCCAACUGUGAAAGCCACAGCCAUGACCAUUUUACACUGGGCUUACCAAGAUGGCAUUUUGGAGGCUGGCUACCACUGUGAGUGGUGCAUUUACUCCCACGCUGAACCCCAGGGCCUGCUGCUCCAUUACCAAAGACGCCAUCCUGAGCACAAUGUGGAUUACACAUACAUGGCCAGCAAACUGUGGGCUGGUCCAGAGACCACCCAACAAGGGGGCAAUAUGGAAACGAAACAUUACAAAUGCAGAGACUGUGCCUUUGAGGCCUGCACAAUAUGGGACAUCACUAGUCACUAUCAGGCAGUCCACCCUUGGGCCAUUAAAGGGGAUGAAUCUGUGCUUUUGGAUAUAAUCAAAGGAAAUGGCUCAGCUGAAAAGAUCCAACAGCAGGUUGCCAAAGAACACGUGUCUUUGAAUUGCCAGUCUGUCGAAGAUGAUGGAGCGCUGGUCAUUGUCACCCCACCUCAAGAGAGCAAUCCCCAUCCUACCCACCCACGUCUUUCCAUCUCUAACAACCCUUAUCAGUGCACUGUAUGUCUGUCGGAGUACAACAGCCUCCAUGGCCUCCUCACUCACUAUGGAAAGAAACACCCGGGCAUGAAAGUAAAAGCUGCAGAUUUUGCACAGGAGGCAGACAUCAACCCCAGUUCUGUGUAUAAAUGUCGUCACUGUCCAUAUGUAAACUCCCGAAUCCACGGCGUCCUGACUCACUAUCAGAAGAGACACCCAUUAGUGAAAGUCACUGCAGAAGACUUUGCAGAUGAUAUAGAGCAUAUCACCGACAUAAACGAAACAGACGACAAGUGCAAAACUCAAAGGCAAGGCUAUGGCGCAUACAGAUGUAAAAUGUGCCCGUACACGCACGGGACACUGGAGAAACUCAAAAUCCAUUAUGAGAAGUAUCACAAUCAGUCGGCCUCUGACAUGUUCGCCCCCUCUCUGACACACUUCUCUCCCGCUAAAGACACAGAGCCAGUAGCCGAAUGCAGCGCUGGUAAUAUAUCAAGUGCAGCAAAAGUCCAGGAGGUCAGUGAAUUGGACCUUGCCCUCUCACAGUUACCCAUCAAUAAGGCAGAGAAACAUGCUAUAUUCAAGUGUCAGCUCUGCAAAUACUUCUGCUCCACAAGGAAAGGCAUCGCUCGUCACUACCGUAUCAAGCACAACAACGUCCGUGCUCAGCCAGAGGGUAAAAACAAUGUCUUCAAGUGUGCUCUGUGUUCAUACACGAACCCUAUACGCAAAGGUCUGGCAGCACAUUACCAGAAGCGGCAUGAUAUUGACGCCUAUUACACCCAUUGUCUGGCUGCUUCCAAGACAAUGACCGAAAAGCCUAGCAAAGUGAUAGCACAACCGCCGUCAGAAGGGGACAGUUCAGAAAUGAGCGAAGACUUGCGCUUGGCAGUGGAGAGACGAAGGUGCUCUCUUUGCGCCUUCCAGGCCUUCAGCAGGAAGAGCAUUGUCUCACACUACAUUAAACGCCACCCAGGUGUCUUCCCCAAGAAGCAGCACGCUAGCAAGCUUGGUCGCUACUUUACCGUUAUCUAUGCCAAAGAACCCGAGAAGAUAGCAGUCAGCGCACUGGCAGAGGAUGACAAGGAUGUACUGGAGGUUCAGCUUGAAUCCGAGGAGGACAGAGAGGUUGAGUGGCUGCCGUUCAAGUGUCUGAAAUGCUUCCGGUUGUCCUUCAGCACAGGCGCGCUGCUCUCUAUGCACUACAACGACCACCACAGCAAUGACUUGAAGAGGGACUUUGUGGUGUCGCCUGGUCCCGGGGAUGAGGAGUCCGAGAUGUACCAGUGUUCUCACUGUGAGCUGAAGUUCCUUGCUCUCCCAGUUCUGGCGAAACAUUUAUUCAACCACAAUGAGGAGUUCCAGAAGAGGGCCAUGAGGCAGGAGAGGAGGAGGCAGCUGCUCAGCAAACAGAAAGCCUCAGAACUACCUGAGACCAAACCUGAGAAGGAAAGUCCUGUAAAUAAAGCUCCCAUAGGAUUCAGGUGUAACUUCUGCAUAGAAAUGCACCCCACCCUCCGAGCCAUCUGCAACCACCUUAGGAAGCACGUCCAGUAUGGAGAGGUCAAAGAGGGACACGUCAAGCAGGAAGUCAGCGACAUCCCCCUGACCCUGCCUUCAGAGAGCCUGACUAAUGGCGACCUCGAGGGGGAUGAAGCAGCUGAAGGUGACAGCCUCGAGAGACCCGCAGCUACAAUGAUGGGUCCACCCUUGGUUUCCACAGUGUCUGGUGGUGGAGGUGGAGGUGGUGGUGGUGGUGGUGGUGUUGCCGUUGCCACGGAGACACUGGAACCAGAAACACAUGCCGUUGAAGGAAGGGCAGCGGCUCUCGUGGCUGCAGCGAGGGCCGCGGUGUCAGAGGGCGAACUGAAGCAGAGAUUAGCUGCAGGGGGUCACCCGUGCGCUCAGUGCGACCGAGUCUUCAUGUCCAUGCAGGGACUGAGGUCCCAUGAGAGGAGCCACUCAGCCAUGGCGCUGUUCAGCAGAGAAGACAAAUACAGCUGCCAGUACUGCCAGUUCGUCUCACCUUUCAGACACAAUCUGGACAGACAUGUGCAGUCUCACCAUGGGCACCACAAGCCCUUCAAGUGCAAACUCUGCCCCUUUAAAUCUGCCUACGUGAGCCGCUUGAAGAGCCACCUGCACAAGGCACACACAGGUGAGCAGCACACAUACAAAUGCUUGUCGUGCCCCUUCUCCUCCAUGACCAUCAGCCAGCUGAAGGAGCACUCUCUGAGAGACCACGGUGAGGCACUGACCCUCCCCAAACUCCGGGCUGCUACCCAGGCUGCUCAUGGCGCCCUCAGGCCCUCACGGCUGGCCAGUAACACAGAGCAGACUCCCUUGGCCCCGGAUGAUCCUUCAUACCUGGAGCCAGCGGAUGUUCGUCAGCAGCUCAGUCAUUACCAGCUGGCCUCCCGCAGUCAAAUGUCUUCCGGCUCAACACCUGGCGGCUCAACAGUGGCUGAUAAUCGACCAGACAGCAUCCUCACUUGUGAGUUCUGUGAGUUCAGCUCUGGAUACAUGCAGAGCCUGCGUCGACACUACAGGGACCGCCACGGUGGCAAGAAGCUCUUCAAGUGCAAAGACUGUUCCUUUUUCACCUGCUACAAGAAUACCUUCACCAUGCAUGUGGAGGCCGGUCACAACAACAACGUACCUGAUGACGUCCCGAAAGACCUGCGCUGCCCUCUCUGUCUCUACCACACCAAACACAAGAGCAAUAUGAUUGACCACAUUGUCCUGCACAGAGAGGAGCGCGUGGCUCCACUGGAGGUCAGCCGCUCCAAGCUGUCACGCCACCUGCAGGGCCUUGUGUUCCGUUGCCACAAGUGCACCUUCACAUGCUCCAGUGACCAGGCUCUGCAGCUGCACCUGCAGAAGCACGCUGAGAUCAAACCCUACCAGUGCCAGCUCUGCUAUUACGACAGCAGUCAGCGGAGCCAGCUAGAGGAGCAUCUACGCAUUGAGCACAAGGUUAUCCGGAACUUCGAGCUGAUGGGCCGCGUCAACCUGGACCAGCUGGAGAUGAUAAAGGAACAUGAGAGCAGCGCAGACGAGGACGAAGAAAGACAACUCAUGGAGAUGGUUGUAGAUGGAAAAGUAGCUGCAGACGAGGAGGAGGAGGAGGAGGAGGAGGGGGAAGAGGAGGAUGAAGAUGAAGGAAUGGAGAUUAUGGAGAACAUGGUGGAGGAGCAGAGGGAGAUGGAUGAUGAAGAGAUAGAGGACAACAUCAAAGAGGAGGAGGAGGAGGAGGACGAGGAGGAGGAGGAAGAGGAUGAAGAGGUAGUCAGGGCGGUGGAGGAGGAGAAGCCUGUCCUACAAGAGGUCCUUGCAUCUCCCAUCUGCAGCAGCAACAGCAGCAGCUCUGCGCCGAGCGGUACAGAGAAGCGUCUUCCCUGUGAGUUCUGCGGCCGCUGCUUCACCAACAGCCUCGAGUGGGAACGUCAUGUUCUUCGACAUGGCAUGAUGGUUAACAACAGCCGAAUGGACACCAGCACCACCUCCGCAAUAGAGGCCUCAGCUUCAUCUUCCACUGGCUCCUCUGUCUUGAUGGACACAGGAUUGGACCUGUCCAGCCACAGCAACGAGGAGGGGAACCCCGCUGAUAUAUCACUGAGAAGUCCCAGCCAGUAUGUGGAAGACAAAGAAAUGCUCGACACCAAAAAGGAUCAACAGUUUGGCUGAACUGAUUGUGGCCUCUUGAGAUGUUGUGCCAGAAACUGUUAACAUUGGGUAGGAUCAGCACUGAGUUUAAAUAGGACGUCAAAGAAAACAAAAAGAAACUGAAAAAAAGUGACUUCUUAUGAGUUGGCGCAUUACUAGAUAUUAGGUGUUACAUAUUUAAGUAUUAGAUUGUGCUGCAUAAAACGGCUGAGCUCUCUAAAUGGGCAGUCCCCUAGGACAGAUCUUAAUAUAUUGGUAACCAAUAGUGAACAGAACUCUUUAUUGCUGACAUUCUGGUCAAAUCUACCGUGAAAGAUCCCACCUAGAUGAAACGAAGCUAUUUAUAAAGAAUAAUGUCCAAAAUGAAUAACUAAAUUAGUAUUUUAUUAUUUGAAGCACCUUUUACACUCCCCCCAAAACAGGGGUACUGUAAAUUUACCCAAAAGAACAAAUAGGAUAUGAAAGCAUUUAAAAACCGUGGCCCACUGUAGAGCUACAUUUUCUCGUUUCUUGUUGAAAUUUGAGACUUUUUUCAUCUUAGCCUUGUGUUAAAUGUGUAGAAGUAUUCCUUCAGAAGAGUCGCACCUUAUCUAUUUUAGUAAAACCACAAAUCAUGUUUUCUUCAUUCAUAGAAAUACUGAAAAUUUCCCCCGAUGUUUGUAGCAAAUUGCUAUAUUUUAGGUCCUUUAAUAAUAUUAUACUACGUAUAAGCCUUCAGCCUGUGGCACCCUUUGCAUUCUGACUGUACUAUUUUAUUGUCCAGUAAUUUCACUGAUGAAACCAUGGAAAUAAUGGGAUUGGUUUAAAUCUCCCGCCCCCCCUGUAAGAUAUCAUGUUUGUAGUCCAGGUUAAACUAUAUCACAGUUAACCUGUGCACUCAGCAGAUCAAUAUAACAAUGAGAUAUGUUCGAAGUGUCAUGACUGUAUCCAUGUGAUAUAGGUAUCCGUUAAGCUGAGCACAGCAAGAACGCAACUACAGGAUUUAACAACAGUGGCGUAAUAUUUGUCAUCACCAAAAGAAGGAGAUUACACUUGUCUUUUCAGUGCAAAACUAUUAAUGAGACGUGCCAGAAUCCGGCUUUUUUCAACACAGUAUGUGCGUCCACAAAUAACAAUUAAAUGCAAAGUUUGGAGGAGGCUGACCCACAUGGAUGAGUGUUGCAGCUAGUGCGUAAGUGCCUUAAAAUGCAGUUCCUCUUGGGCGCCCCUGUAGCUUACUGGGUAGAGCACGUACCAUUAAGGCUGAGUCCUUACGGCAGUGUGCAUGUCAUCCCCUCUUUCCCCUGCCUAUUUUAUCAAAUAAAGCAGAAAUGCCCCCCCCCCCCCC